AUGGGAAAUCGCAAUUCCGGAGGCCCUCCUUUCUACGCUCGAUCUAGAUCUAUCUCGAUGGAGCGUAUCAUAAUGAAAUUGAUUAAAUCAUCGUCAGUAAAAGGAUGUCACGGAUGUCUCACGGAUGUCGCUGUUGUACCAAAACUUUACGCGGGAUCCAACCAUCACCUUCUUCGAGGAAGAUUUCCUUUCACGCGGAGAGGAGAAAAAGCCGCGAAGUUCUCAAAGUGGAGUCCCAGAACUGUCUUCGACUGGGAGCCCUUAGCUUCGUUUGUCGCUUUUUGGGAAGAUACCGUCAUGGACAACGAUGAUGAAUAUGAACGGCUUGUACGACAUCUUCAAGACUGUACGAGGAAAGCGAAAACAAAAACCAAAACCAACAAGAGACGCCUGCCUCUGUAA